GCGGAGGCAGAGCGAGGGCGGCCUUGCACGCGUUGCUCGCAUGCCGCCCUCGCAACUGGAGGCGUUCAGUGACAGCGAGGUCGAGGAGGCCCCUUGCCCUGCCAUGCAGCUUGAAGAGUUCACCGACGAUGAAGACGGCGGUGCGACUGGCAGUGUUCAGGAGUUGCAGGAGGAGAGGCACUUGGUGGCAGCCCGCAUGCGCGAAGGUAAAGCUUGGAAGCAGGCGGCCCAGAAGAGCACCGAGCUCGCGGACCUGAAGCAGCGCUACGCCGAUGUGGCGCUGUCGAACAACUGCGAGGUCAAGGGGGGCAAUAAGUGGCGCAGGAAGCUGAGCCUCGCCGCUGGGCAAGAGGUGUACGAGUUUGGCGUGGCGAUGCCCCCGCUGAUCGUUGCCAGCACGGCGGCUUCGCAGAUCUUCAAAGUGUUGUACACCCACCCAAUGCUUGCAAGGAUUUGGCGGGGCAUUAACGUCUUGAUGCAGAAAGCGGUCUUCACUGUUUCACUUGGGGAGACAGAUGCUGCGAUGCCGAACCAGAUGUUGAGCGCAGUUCAAUUCGCAAACGUCGCUGCGGGUGAGCAUCAUGACCACUGGUACUGUAGCCUCCACCAAAACCAGUUAUGCGAAGUAUCCGUGACGACAAUUAUAUCCCAUGCUCCGUUCCACUUGAUAUCCAGGUUGUAUAGUUUGGCCUUGUUGUUGCGCGGGGGGGCAGCUUGGUUGCGCAUGAAGAGAAGUCUCCCCGCGCUGCUAGCCGACGACAGGGUACAGGUGCGCGCGGGCGCGCCCCCGGCAGGUGCCGCCGAGUUCAGCAGGGAGGUGUGCCAAUACAUGAUGUGUAAUUACAUGCGGUUUGCAGUUACUACUGCCCGGAAACACCACUGGUUAGCCAACGUCGGUUUCGACGGCGACCCGGGCGAGGACACCGACGCGGACCAGUGGGGCGCCGACAUUGACGAUGACCGGGAAUUCAAGCAUAAGGGUUUCGAUGCGUAUGUCAAAUCCCUGAGAGAGCUCAGGGCUGUGAUGAACGGGUGCUGGUGGUCCCCUUACGCCGUCCAGCACUUCUGCAGUGGGGCGUGCGAGUGCACGACGCUCGCAGAGCACGUGGCGAAGCUCGCCCCGGCGAUUACGAAAACAGUGCUCCAUCAUAUGCCACUGGUGCCCUCCGUGAACAAGUGGACCAAACUUGGGCCUUGCGUGGAUGUGCUGGUGUUUGGGCUCCUGGCUCAUCGCGUCCUCCCCGUGUGCUUUGAGAGCUUGAAGUUCAAGGCUCCGCCCAGCAGGGAUGACCAUGAAGCUGAUGACCAAUUCAAGUUUGAGGCCGAUUUUUCGGCGCUGCAGGGCAAACGAUUUCGCUUGGCGCUGGACAUGCUGAAAAGCGAGGCCUCGGUCGGAUGCAUAGUGAUGCUCGGCAUAGUGCUGGAACCUGUGCGGCACGUGUCGGCUUGGCUCAUGAGACGGGCGCGUGAGUGUCCGGAUCCCUGCGGGCGCCCUGCUGUCUUAGAUUUCUUCAACGACCGCUUUAACCCUGUCGUCCACGCGAGGCAGUACAUCUCAACUUUGCUCAGUGGCCGCGCCACGCGCCCGGUGCUGCUGUGGAGGAUUCGGCAGCGCGAGUCCCUUCAAGAUUGGUUUGGCAAGCACCCCGAGGACAUCCGCCUUUUCCGCAGAUUGCUUCUCGCUUUGGAUUGCGCAUUAUUUCGCCGGCAUUAUUGCCCGUCGAGGCGGUUCCCUUGGGGCCUCGUUCGUUUGUGCGACGACCGCUUCUCCGCAGCGGAGCGGGAACAGUUGGCCGAGAAGUUCUUCCGCACGCCCGAGUGUUGCUUGCACCCGGGCUUCGCGCGGAAGGUGGCCUCUGCGCUGGCGUCCUCCAGGGAGCUGCUGACAGAGAAGUGGCUGGCCAGGCUGAGGGUGUUGGUCCGCGUCCUCACAUUGCAAGUCGCUGACGUCGAGUGGCGCCACGGCAGGGUGCGGGCGCCCAACCCCAAGGAUUUAUUCAUCCUUGAUUUCCACGCAGGUUGCACCGCGCGCGACGAGCGCGUGAAUCCCGUUCUCCAGGACACCAAGGACCGCAUCGACCGGGAGUUCGCCGAGCUCACCCCGGAGGCUGUGGCGGAGUAUGGCAGGCGGUCCGAGUUGAUGAAGGCGGCCGCGGCGCAGAACAGAGAGAAAAGGAAGCGAGACAGAGAAUGCCGCCAGGCCGAGGUUUUCGCGCCCUCGACCUUCGCCGCUUCCCGCGGCGCGUUCAGGCAAGACCACGCCGGCGAGCAUUUUUCCAGUCUUCUGGAGUCGUGCCAGUGCGGGGCUCCUCGCUGCAGGCACUGGGCGCUGGCCGCCAAUCUGAACGCGGCGGAGCCAGAGGUGGAGCACCUGGAAUCGGAUAAGUUCGCGUUGUUCACUGGCGCCGCCCAGGCCAUAGCUUCUCGGGCGCCCACUUUCCCAUCAGGUGACUAUCCUUUGACGGUCCCCUCAUUGAAGAGAGCGCUCAAGAGUAAUACUCUGAGCGCCUGCGAGGCCGAGUUCAGGGAGGUGACGAACGGGUACGUUUUGGCACCUCCACGGUUCCAGUUCCCAGAGCGCGUCGCCUACCCAAAGUGCUGUGGUGCGCUUUGCAGCAACACAAAUUCUUUGAGCAAGGCGCGGGCGUACCUUCGAUUGUUGGCUGGAUUCGCUUCCUUUUCGGCGAAGUUCAAGCCCGCGGAUUUGCCAGAGCAGGAUCUGCUACUUCUGCUGCAUGGGAAUCUUGGGAGCGGUGCCAGCAUCCUGGAGUACGCUUUCUUUCCUCAUGCCGCUGGGCGUUUUUGCCACCACCCGCCAGAACAGACGUUCGUCAGGCUCGAGGCCGCUGGGGACGGAGACCAGACCCACGUCAUCGGCCUGGAGCUCAAGGUCGCGCGGGAGCGAUUCGUCGAUCCUGGAAAGCGGUGCCAAGACGCUACACUCCCACGCCAGACGCUUCCUGAAAAAGACCGCUACGCGGAUGCUCUGCAGAGCCGCGGGUGGGACAGAGUGCAGCUUCGGGUGGGCGUCCUGGGAUUGACGGCCCAAUGGAACCACAUCGUGAACGCGUACCCCCAGAACACGUACAUCGUGUGCGUCCUCGACAACGUGCGGCGCAUCCACCGGCGCGUGGAGAGCCGCGCUGGCCGUAAGAAGAUCGAGCUGGCCAGCCCUCUUUUCAAGGCGCUGGUGCAGCACGCCGGCGAUCUCUGUCACCGCCAUGGCUCGUGCCCGCUGCAGCUCAAGACGGAGACCACAAGGCAGGUGAUCUUCGCGAAACGACCCGCCAGCAGCACGGAGAAGUACAGUAGCAUGUCUUCUUCAGGCGUCACAGCGGCUAUGUCCGAGCAGAUGCUCGCCCGCCGCUUCGUGGAAUUGGCCACAACGUCGAUGGACCAAGUGUGUGAGCUCAAGUCGGUAACCCUGAAACCCUUGGCGUACCGGGACAUCUGCCUGGACCGCGUUGUCAUUCAAGGCUUCCACGGCACUGCGCAGCCGUUCGAAAUCGACGUCGGCCGGGAAGCGCCGAAACCAAAGCCAACGAGUGGAGCAGCGCCCAAAAAGGGCGCCGUUGACUUGUGCGGCGACGUGUUGGGCGAGUCCACUGGCGCUGGCGUUGCCGCGCACAAGGGCGCGUCGAAGGCGGGCGGCGGGGCCGCCGUGGUUGACGCCGGCACCGGGGGCAUUCCAUCAGCAGGCCCCUCUGGCGCGAGCCCCCCGCCCACCGAGAGCGCCGACAUAUCUGGCAUGAUGAAGGAGUUGGGCCUUUCAGCCUCAGACAUUUCGGAGGGUGAUUUUAUGAAAGCCGACGGUGUCAUGAAAGCAGUGGUCUCCGCAUUGCCUGAGAAUGUAAAGGCGGAGCUCGCUGAUAUUGGUGUUACUGUCGCAGAGCUGGAGGCCGCUCCAGAGGAUGAUGAGCCCGAGUCGGUCCACAGUGUCACCGACGGGGAGCAGGACAUUGACUGCGACGGCGAUCCAGGCGACGAGGGGGGGGUGGCCGACGAGGAGCAGAGCGAGGGGGAACCCUGGCCUUGGACGCACAUCGAGGAGGAUCCGGCGGCCGCCUACAAGUUCCUGUCCAAGGAAGACGGUUCGCCCGUCGGCCGCCUGCAGAGUUGCCCGGCAGUUGCCCGGCAGUUGCCCGGCAGUUGCCGGCAGUUCGUGGUCGGGCGGGACUGGCGCGUGUCGGGGCGGAAAAGUGCCUGGCAGUUGGUCGCCGACAGUUGCCCGGCAGUUGCCCGGCAGUUGCCCGGCAGUUGCCCGGCCGCGGCGCCCGCGGCCAAGCGCCGCCGCUCGAGCCGCUCUGGCCCGAGCGGCGGCAAGAAGGCGGUCGCCGAGCGCGACGCCGCGCGCGCUCGGGCGGCCGAGCUGGCGGAUGAGAACCGCCGGCUGGCCGCCGAGCUGGAGACCGCGCGCUCGGCCUUGGCAGCCGCCGGGGCCGCCCUGGAGGCUGAGCGGCAGGCGGCGGCCGCCGCGCGCGAGGCAGAGGCGGCCGCGGCGGCCGCGGCCGCCGUCGCGCGCCAGGCACAGGCGGCCGCGGCGGCCACGGCGGAGGCCGCGAAGCUCGCCGCCGAGGUGGCGAGGAACGAGCUCCACGCGGAGCAGCGAUGCUGGGAGGCGUGGUCCAGCAUUAAUGAGGCCCCCCUUCCCAGAAGGGACGGCGCUGGCCGCCACCGCUGGCCCGCGGAGGCCAAGGCGGCGGCGGCCAAGGCGGCAGCGGCCAAGCGUCGGGGUCCCAGCGAGCCGCCAACGAUGCCGCUGGAGUCCGUCUUCGGAGAUGGCGCGGCGGGUGCUGGAGAGUUCGUUUGCUCAUGCAAAUGGUGCAAGCGGGACCAGAACACGCCCCAGCCGCUGAACCAUCUGAAGGAGAGGAAUCCGUUCUUAUGCUGGCGCCGCCAGGGAGGGCGGGAGUGCAGCAUUUGCCCGAACAUGAUAGCUGCAGACCCAGACUACAAGAACAUGAACAGGCAGGUUCUCCUGGAUUCUGUGACGCCAGGCCAUGAGUCUUAUUCCGAGGAAAACCAGAAGGCCCUCGACGGUAAGCUCGCGAAGUACGAGUCGGACAGGAACACGAACGGGGGCAGGGUGCGGGCAACCCCCAGUGGCCGCCAGACCGUCCAAGCACGCUCGACGGCGAUGACCGAGAGCCGGAAGUUCGUGGGCUACUUGUGGCCCACCGCGUACUGGUCUGAGAACAAUGGUGGGGCCAAGCCCGACCGGAAGCAACUCGGGAGUACGAAACAUCAAGGCAAAAAGGUCACCGGCGUCUGGAUGAAAGAGGCCGGCCCAGACCCCACUCGUGCCAUCGAGGUGUGGACUGUCAGCCAGGACGCCGUCGACCGCAACGGCGAGCUCGCGUCCACGGCGUACGGCGACAUUGCAGACGUCGACAAAGCUCAAGAGCAAGCUUUGAAACGGGUGAGGGUCUCCUCAACCGAGAAGGACGGGGCCCUGAAAGUGACCAGUGGGCGUGGCCACGCUGCUGCGGGCGACGUGGAUGCGGACGACCUUUUUCUGGAUUCCGUGUUCAGCAGGAAGCAUGGGGCGAAUGGCAGUGGGGGCUCCCGCAGCGACGAAGCGGAUUGCGACGGGGAUGCGGGCACCGGUGGCCCCCCCGCGGACGAGGGGGAGACGGCGCCGACGAGCCCGAGGGCCAGACCCAAGGCAAAGGCUAAGGCAAAGCCAAAGCCAAAGGCCUUACCCGAGCUAACCCCCGUGAAGCAAUGGUCAAAGACGGUUGUGCAGAAAGCUUUCAACGAGUCCGAGCAGGCCUCGUUGAAGUGCAAGCAGUUCCGCCAGAGUUUCACCGACCCCCGCCUGGUGCUCACGCUGACCGCCAAGACUGUGGAGACUUUGGUCGCUGCCGUGGAGAAGCGGCUCACCUCGGACUUGAUCAACAUGUACUCGUCGAACUACUCCGACACGGGCGCCGUCUUGCCAGGGGAGCCCGACGCAGAAUCCCAGGGCAUGCAGGUGUUCACCCAGUUGCGCGAGAACCAACGUUUCUUGCGUGUCGUGACGGGCUUGGUCACCAGCUUGCAGGCCACGCAGGGCGAGCUUGUCUCGGCACACGUGGCGAAGCUCGCCCCGGCGAUUACGAAAACAGUGCUCCAUCAUAUGCCACUGGUGCCCUCCGUGAACAAGUGGACCAAACUUGGGCCUUGCGUGGAUGUGCUGGUGUUUGGGCUCCUGGCUCAUCGCGUCCUCCCCGUGUGCUUUGAGAGCUUGAAGUUCAAGGCUCCGCCCAGCAGGGAUGACCAUGAAGCUGAUGACCAAUUCAAGUUUGAGGCCGAUUUUUCGGCGCUGCAGGGCAAACGAUUUCGCUUGGCGCUGGACAUGCUGAAAAGCGAGGCCUCGGUCGGAUGCAUAGUGAUGCUCGGCAUAGUGCUGGAACCUGUGCGGCACGUGUCGGCUUGGCUCAUGAGACGGGCGCGUGAGUGUCCGGAUCCCUGCGGGCGCCCUGCUGUCUUAGAUUUCUUCAACGACCGCUUUAACCCUGUCGUCCACGCGAGGCAGUACAUCUCAACUUUGCUCAGUGGCCGCGCCACGCGCCCGGUGCUGCUGUGGAGGAUUCGGCAGCGCGAGUCCCUUCAAGAUUGGUUUGGCAAGCACCCCGAGGACAUCCGCCUUUUCCGCAGAUUGCUUCUCGCUUUGGAUUGCGCAUUAUUUCGCCGGCAUUAUUGCCCGUCGAGGCGGUUCCCUUGGGGCCUCGUUCGUUUGUGCGACGACCGCUUCUCCGCAGCGGAGCGGGAACAGUUGGCCGAGAAGUUCUUCCGCACGCCCGAGUGUUGCUUGCACCCGGGCUUCGCGCGGAAGGUGGCCUCUGCGCUGGCGUCCUCCAGGGAGCUGCUGACAGAGAAGUGGCUGGCCAGGCUGAGGGUGUUGGUCCGCGUCCUCACAUUGCAAGUCGCUGACGUCGAGUGGCGCCACGGCAGGGUGCGGGCGCCCAACCCCAAGGAUUUAUUCAUCCUUGAUUUCCACGCAGGUUGCACCGCGCGCGACGAGCGCGUGAAUCCCGUUCUCCAGGACACCACGGACCGCAUCGACCGGGAGUUCGCCGAGCUCACCCCGGAGGCUGUGGCGGAGUAUGGCAGGCGGUCCGAGUUGAUGAAGGCGGCCGCGGCGCAGAACAGAGAGAAAAGGAAGCGAGACAGAGAAUGCCGCCAGGCCGAGGUUUUCGCGCCCUCGACCUUCGCCGCUUCCCGCGGCGCGUUCAGGCAAGACCACGCCGGCGAGCAUUUUUCCAGUCUUCUGGAGUCGUGCCAGUGCGGGGCUCCUCGCUGCAGGCACUGGGCGCUGGCCGCCAAUCUGAACGCGGCGGAGCCAGAGGUGGAGCACCUGGAAUCGGAUAAGUUCGCGUUGUUCACUGGCGCCGCCCAGGCCAUAGCUUCUCGGGCGCCCACUUUCCCAUCAGGUGACUAUCCUUUGACGGUCCCCUCAUUGAAGAGAGCGCUCAAGAGUAAUACUCUGAGCGCCUGCGAGGCCGAGUUCAGGGAGGUGACGAACGGGUACGUUUUGGCACCUCCACGGUUCCAGUUCCCAGAGCGCGUCGCCUACCCAAAGUGCUGUGGUGCGCUUUGCAGCAACACAAAUUCUUUGAGCAAGGCGCGGGCGUACCUUCGAUUGUUGGCUGGAUUCGCUUCCUUUUCGGCGAAGUUCAAGCCCGCGGAUUUGCCAGAGCAGGAUCUGCUACUUCUGCUGCAUGGGAAUCUUGGGAGCGGUGCCAGCAUCCUGGAGUACGCUUUCUUUCCUCAUGCCGCUGGGCGAUUUUGCCACCACCCGCCAGAACAGACGUUCGUCAGGCUCGAGGCCGCUGGGGACGGAGACCAGACCCACGUCAUCGGCCUGGAGCUCAAGGUCGCGCGGGAGCGAUUCGUCGAUCCUGGAAAGCGGUGCCAAGACGCUACACUCCCACGCCAGACGCUUCCUGAAAAAGACCGCUACGCGGAUGCUCUGCAGAGCCGCGGGUGGGACAGAGUGCAGCUUCGGGUGGGCGUCCUGGGAUUGACGGCCCAAUGGAACCACAUCGUGAACGCGUACCCCCAGAACACGUACAUCGUGUGCGUCCUCGACAACGUGCGGCGCAUCCACCGGCGCGUGGAGAGCCGCGCUGGCCGUAAGAAGAUCGAGCUGGCCAGCCCUCUUUUCAAGGCGCUGGUGCAGCACGCCGGCGAUCUCUGUCACCGCCAUGGCUCGUGCCCGCUGCAGCUCAAGACGGAGACCACAAGGCAGGUGAUCUUCGCGAAACGACCCGCCAGCAGCACGGAGAAGUACAGUAGCAUGUCUUCUUCAGGCGUCACAGCGGCUAUGUCCGAGCAGAUGCUCGCCCGCCGCUUCGUGGAAUUGGCCACAACGUCGAUGGACCAAGUGUGUGAGCUCAAGUCGGUAACCCUGAAACCCUUGGCGUACCGGGACAUCUGCCUGGACCGCGUUGUCAUUCAAGGCUUCCACGGCACUGCGCAGCCGUUCGAAAUCGACGUCGGCCGGGAAGCGCCGAAACCAAAGCCAACGAGUGGAGCAGCGCCCAAAAUGGGCGCCGUUGACUUGUGCGGCGACGUGUUGGGCGAGUCCACUGGCGCUGGCGUUGCCGCGCACAAGGGCGCGUCGAAGGCGGGCGGCGGGGCCGCCGUGGUUGACGCCGGCACCGGGGGCAGUCCAUCAGCAGGCCCCUCUGGCGCGAGCCCCCCGCCCACCGAGAGCGCCGACAUAUCUGGCAUGAUGAAGGAGUUGGGCCUUUCAGCCUCAGACAUUUCGGAGGGUGAUUUUAUGAAAGCCGACGGUGUCAUGAAAGCAGUGGUCUCCGCAUUGCCUGAGAAUGUAAUGGCGGAGCUCGCUGAUAUUGGUGUUACUGUCGCAGAGCUGGAGGCCGCUCCAGAGGAUGAUGAGCCCGAGUCGGUCCACAGUGUCACCGACGGGGAGCAGGACAUUGACUGUGACGGCGAUCCAGGCGACGAGGGGGGGGUGGCCGACGAGGAGCAGAGCGAGGGGGAACCCUGGCCUUGGACGCACAUCGAGGAGGAUCCGGCGGCCGCCUACAAGUUCCUGUCCAAGGAAGACGGUUCGCCCGUCGGCCGCCUGCAGAGUUGCCCGGCAGUUGCCCGGCAGUUGCCCGGCAGUUGCCGGCAGUUCGUGGUCGGGCGGGACUGGCGCGUGUCGGGGCGGAAAAGUGCCUGGCAGUUGGUCGCCGACAGUUGCCCGGCAGUUGCCCGGCAGUUGCCCGGCAGUUGCCCGGCCGCGGCGCCCGCGGCCAAGCGCCGCCGCUCGAGCCGCUCUGGCCCGAGCGGCGGCAAGAAGGCGGUCGCCGAGCGCGACGCCGCGCGCGCUCGGGCGGCCGAGCUGGCGGAUGAGAACCGCCGGCUGGCCGCCGAGCUGGAGACCGCGCGCUCGGCCUUGGCAGCCGCCGGGGCCGCCCUGGAGGCUGAGCGGCAGGCGGCGGCCGCCGCGCGCGAGGCAGAGGCGGCCGCGGCGGCCGCGGCCGCCGUCGCGCGCCAGGCACAGGCGGCCGCGGCGGCCACGGCGGAGGCCGCGAAGCUCGCCGCCGAGGUGGCGAGGAACGAGCUCCACGCGGAGCAGCGAUGCUGGGAGGCGUGGUCCAGCAUUAAUGAGGCCCCCCUUCCCAGAAGGGACGGCGCUGGCCGCCACCGCUGGCCCGCGGAGGCCAAGGCGGCGGCGGCCAAGGCGGCAGCGGCCAAGCGUCGGGGUCCCAGCGAGCCGCCAACGAUGCCGCUGGAGUCCGUCUUCGGAGAUGGCGCGGCGGGUGCUGGAGAGUUCGUUUGCUCAUGCAAAUGGUGCAAGCGGGACCAGAACACGCCCCAGCCGCUGAACCAUCUGAAGGAGAGGAAUCCGUUCUUAUGCUGGCGCCGCCAGGGAGGGCGGGAGUGCAGCAUUUGCCCGAACAUGAUAGCUGCAGACCCAGACUACAAGAACAUGAACAGGCAGGUUCUCCUGGAUUCUGUGACGCCAGGCCAUGAGUCUUAUUCCGAGGAAAACCAGAAGGCCCUCGACGGUAAGCUCGCGAAGUACGAGUCGGACAGGAACACGAACGGGGGCAGGGUGCGGGCAACCCCCAGUGGCCGCCAGACCGUCCAAGCACGCUCGACGGCGAUGACCGAGAGCCGGAAGUUCGUGGGCUACUUGUGGCCCACCGCGUACUGGUCUGAGAACAAUGGUGGGGCCAAGCCCGACCGGAAGCAACUCGGGAGUACGAAACAUCAAGGCAAAAAGGUCACCGGCGUCUGGAUGAAAGAGGCCGGCCCAGACCCCACUCGUGCCAUCGAGGUGUGGACUGUCAGCCAGGACGCCGUCGACCGCAACGGCGAGCUCGCGUCCACGGCGUACGGCGACAUUGCAGACGUCGACAAAGCUCAAGAGCAAGCUUUGAAACGGGUGAGGGUCUCCUCAACCGAGAAGGACGGGGCCCUGAAAGUGACCAGUGGGCGUGGCCACGCUGCUGCGGGCGACGUGGAUGCGGACGACCUUUUUCUGGAUUCCGUGUUCAGCAGGAAGCAUGGGGCGAAUGGCAGUGGGGGCUCCCGCAGCGACGAAGCGGAUUGCGACGGGGAUGCGGGCACCGGUGGCCCCCCCGCGGACGAGGGGGAGACGGCGCCGACGAGCCCGAGGGCCAGACCCAAGGCAAAGGCUAAGGCAAAGCCAAAGCCAAAGGCCUUACCCGAGCUAACCCCCGUGAAGCAAUGGUCAAAGACGGUUGUGCAGAAAGCUUUCAACGAGUCCGAGCAGGCCUCGUUGAAGUGCAAGCAGUUCCGCCAGAGUUUCACCGACCCCCGCCUGGUGCUCACGCUGACCGCCAAGACUGUGGAGACUUUGGUCGCUGCCGUGGAGAAGCGGCUCACCUCGGACUUGAUCAACAUGUACUCGUCGAACUACUCCGACACGGGCGCCGUCUUGCCAGGGGAGCCCGACGCAGAAUCCCAGGGCAUGCAGGUGUUCACCCAGUUGCGCGAGAACCAACGUUUCUUGCGUGUCGUGACGGGCUUGGUCACCAGCUUGCAGGCCACGCAGGGCGAGCUUGUCUCGGCAGAGAUGCUGAUGUCAGAGUACACGAAGGUGAAAGAAGCAAAGGUGGACGUGACGGACUACAUCCUGGAAGUGGUGGUGACGCGCGCGGCCAAGGCGGCGGGCCAGGAGAAAGACUGGGACCGCCUCGUGGACAUUCUUAAUCCAACGUCCUCGAACGACCACGGCCUUCCGAUCGUCGCGCUCGACGACCGGGCGGCCCUGCAGAAGAGAAUCUUGCUGGAGUAUGUCUUGGGCUUCGCCAAGGUGGAGCCGGACAAGACGAAACCGACGGAAUGCACGAAGGUGGCGGACGCCAUGGCUGGCAUGGGGGCCCUGCUCUCCAAAGUGCCUGUGGCUACGGAGGUCGGGGAGAACCCUUUCAUCCUGGACGCUGCCUUCAAGGACGACCUCGAGAAGUUCACCCUGCUGCUGCGCGCCCCCGCCCUCGAGGACGGCGAGUUGUUGACGCGGGCUGAGGUGGCGCGGGACGGGCUAGUUGCGAACAAACAGGGUGCCUUCUACAAGGCGGUCACCUUGUACAGUACUGGCAUGGCCGCGCGAGUCGAGGCGGAGAAGGUUUUCGAGCGCAGGCACGCCGACAAGGCGAACAGCGUGAUCUUGCAAGAGUUGGUUGCGAAGGUCGAUGCUUUGGCAACGGCGGCCGCCAACGUCGCCAGUUUCACGGUGGUGACGAAGGUGAAUGGCCAGUCAACCCCAUCGGGCGUGAAGCUGCCGCAUCAUUCGGACAUCGCGGACGCAUACAAGAAGUUCACGGGCAUCACGUCUACUUGCUCCUCGGUUUUCACCAAGGUCUCGAAGGGCGACCUUGCCCGGGUCGAACAGUUGCUCGGCAGGUUCGUCGUUUCGGCAAGGGAAGCGUCCAAGGCCGUCAGGGAUAGCCGGGCCGCGGCGGCGGCGAAAGUCGCCACCCCGAUCUUCAACAAUGCUUUUGGCGAGGAGGGAGACGUGACCCGAGUGGAGGAGGCCAUCGGCGGCCUGACGUGCGUCCCAGCGAAGGACAUGGCUUUCCUGGCAGGCAUUGGCGGCACCGAGGCCGCCAAGGCGUACGAGGAGGACGUGGCUAAGUUCGAUGCGGCCGCAGCUGACUUGAAGGCGGGCGUCCCCUGGCUGCAGAACCUCUCCCAGAACAACGUUGACAUCUUGGACGGCAAAGGGAAGAAGUUCCUCGCCGCCUUGACGCUCCUUGCCGAGUGGCUUGCUGGGGCGACGGAGUUCAAUGCCUUCCAGCAAGCAGUGGUGGCUAAAGUUGUCGAGGGGGUGCGCGCCCGUCUCACCAGCGGCCUCUCGACGAUUUCUGGCUUCGUUACGGCGAUGUCGAAGAGUGUGGAGGACGUAGACGUCGCCUCGAUCACCACGUCGCUCGUCGACGCGGCGGCGCCGAAAGCUUUGGUGAAGGCGGCCAGCGACGAGGACGCGCAGGAUUCGGACCAGCUCGGCAAGGUGGCAGCCUUUGCAGUCCAGUGCGCCUCCUUCGCCGGCAUGUCCGCAGACAUUACGGUGGGCGACGGGGCAGUGGCAUUCCCCGUUUGCUGCGCCAGCCCCCAGCUUUACAAGGCAUGCCGCGCGGCGCGGACCUUCCACCAGGGCCUCCUGACGGCGGGCUUCUCCCAGCUAGCUCCCCUUCGGAACGCCUUGGCGGCCAUUCACGCAGCCUCAGAGGUCCUGCGCGCCGACGUCGUCCCGCAGUUCGGCGGUUUGGCGGCGCACGUCGGCAAGGUGCAGGGACACGUCGAGACGGCGUGCCGCGGGGCGCUGGAGACCUGGCUGGCUAAGCAGGCGGAGUCUUGCAGGGAGGCGGUGGACCGCGUGAGUAAGGCGCUGGAGGACCCAGACUGCCAGGCCUUGGUGAAGCGUUUGGGGGCCGCAGAGAUUGACGUAUCCGAGGUGAAGAAGGCCCUCGAGCACGAGUGCGUCACCAACCUCCACGAGGCUAUGAAGCAGGUGCGGGUGCUCGAGAAGGAAGCCGACUUCUCCUACGUUGCUGGCUGGCUCAACACAUACAAGAUGUUCGACGGCAUCCUUCUGCAGCGCACGCAGGAGGAAGUCGCGGACGCUUUCAAGGAGGAGUCCCCGCAGCUGAAGGCGGCGGGAUCUGUUCUGGCGGACUUCACGCUUGCGCAGAGCACGGUGCGGCCGCUAGGCCCCGGGGAAGUCCGCCACGACCUGGUUCAGAGGAUCCUGGGCGGCUUGAAGAAGCGCAAGUGGCACGCCAUCAGCCCAUCCUUGCAGGAGCGGCUCGAGUCGGCGAGCAAGAAGGCCAAGAAGGGCGCCGCCGGCGAGGCAGCGUCCGCGGCUGCGCCCUCGGUCGCGGCCGCCCCCGCGGCCGCGGGGCUCGGGCCGCGCGAG